GCAAAUUUGUUUGUCGGCUCCAGAUUUAGCAUAUAUCGACAAUUUUCUGCCCUCACAUGAGUACCUAAAAUCCCCCGGCCACAAAAGGAAAUGAAAAGCAGAAAAAACUUCCCGUUUGAGAAGCCAGCUAGACAAUAAAUGCGUGUCAUUCCAUUCGUACCAAUGAGCAACUAUAAGUAAUGGACGCUGCUAUUCUUUCAAGCGCAGAGUCCAACGUCGAGCCCUCCCAAAAACUAUUGCUGUUGUAGUUAUUUAUACAAGUAGAAUUGCAAACCCCUGAACUUGGAAGAAGCCCUAGUUGAUACGAUGGCGAAUCCUCCGAAGCCAUGGAAAGCGGAGUAUGCCAAGUCUGCAAGAUCGUCGUGCAAGGCUUGCAAAAAUACCAUCGAGAAAGACGCAUUCAGAAUCGCCAAAAUGGUGCAGUCUCAACAGUUUGAUGGCUACAUGCCUUUGUGGAAUCACGCAGGAUGUAUAAUGAAGAAACGAGGUCAAAUUCGAACAUUGGAUGAUGUGGAAGGGGUUGAUCUUCUCAGAUGGGAAGAUCAGCAGAAGCUGAGGAAGUAUGUGGAAAAUCUUUCGCAAGGUCUGGCUCCUAGUACUGGUGUAAGUGCUGCAGAGGAUGAUAGCAAUGAGUAUGUGAUUGACAAUGCAAAAAGUUCUCGUGCAACAUGUAAAAAAUGCAAUGAAAAGAUAGCAAAAGGAGAGGUUCGCAUUGCAAUCAUGUCUGAACCAGAAAAUACUAAGUUCCGUGGAAAAGUACCUGGUUGGCAUCAUGCCAAAUGUUUUCUAGAAAUGUGUAUCUGGACUGAUCCAAUGGACAAAAUGCCUGGCUGGGACAGCCUUACUGCAGAGGAUAAAGAAGCUGUUCAAAAUAUUGCAAAACCAUACAUUCAAGAUUCAAAAAAGAAAGUGGGAGAUUCACUGGAAAAAGUUAGUGAGAGUUCAAAGAAUUCCAAAGAUGGGAAGAAAAAGAGUGUACCAGUUGUUGGGAAAUCCAAGAAGCGUAAACCUGAGGAAAGUGAAAUGCUGCCUCGUAAAAAGCAGAGUAAGGGGUCCUCAAAUAACAAAUCCAAGGAAGUGGAUGGAAAAUUAGAAGAAUCUUCCUCAGGAAACAGAGAAUUGGAACGGAGUUUGGAGGAGCAAUCUAAGGCAUUGUGGAAAAUCAAAGAUGAGUUACAAAAGAAUGUCAAGUUGGCAGAGUUGAAAGAGAUGCUCAUAGCUAAUGAUCAAGAACCAAGUAGUUCAGAAUAUGAUUUGAGAGAACGCUGUGUGGAUGGCAUGCUGUUUGGGGCCCUCAAAGAGUGCCCAAUAUGUGGUGGUGGAUUAGAAUAUUCUGGAGGUCAGUAUAGAUGCAGAGGUUUUCUAUCAGCAUGGAGCAAAUGCACUUACUCAACUACAAAUCCUGAACGUCAGAAAGGAAAAUGGAAAAUCCCCAAGGAGACAAAUAAUGAGUAUCUUCUUCAGUGGUUUAAAUCACAGAGUGGAAAGAAGUUAGUACGUAUCCUGCCUCCACAAUCUAUUAGCAAGCACUCUGAAAAUCAAGAUAUAAUAGGGCAGUCACAGGACCCGAACGUUGGAUUCUUGCAGCUGUUAGCAGUGGCAAUUGUUGGAAAUCUUACUGAAUCCCGUGUGGAAUGGAAGCAUAGAAUUGAGGCAGCUGGUGGUAAAUUAUUAGGCAAGCUUACACGAGAUGCUGACUGUUUGGUCAUAAAUGAAAGAGAGAUUGAUGAGCAUAAAACUGAAGUGGAAAGAGCAAGGAAUAUGAAAAUACCAAUUCUUAGGGAAUCCUAUCUAGUUGACAGUUUGGAAAAAAGAAGGCGACUCCCAAUGGAUGAGUAUAAAGUUGAAGGGAAAGAAAACUUUGUUAAGGUUAAGGUUAAAGGGAGAAGUUCUGUUCAUGAAGAAUCUGGUCUGCAAGAUACUGGGCACAUUCUGGAAGAAGGGAAAAAUAUCUACAAUACAACUCUUAAUAUGUCAGACUUAUCCACUGGCAUUAACAGUUAUUAUAUUCUUCAAGUCAUUGAAAAUGACAACAAGGGAGGCUGUCAUGUUUUUCGUAAAUGGGGCCGAGUUGGUAGCAAUAAAAUAGGUGGUCAGAAACUGGAAAGGAUGCCAAAAUCUGAUGCAGUUCACGAAUUCAAACGAUUGUUCCUUGAAAAGACAGGAAAUACAUGGGAAGCAUGGUUAAACAAGGACAAUUUUGAGAAGCAGCCUGCCAAGUUUUUACCUCUGGAAAUUGAUUAUGGAGUUGAUGAAUCUCGACAAAAAGAGAUUGCUACUAUGGGUUCAAAAAGCAAACUAGAUCCACGGGUGAUAGACCUUAUGAAAUUGCUAUUUGAUCUUGAGACCUAUAGGGCUGCCAUGAUGGAAUUUGAGAUCAAUACAUCAGAAAUGCCUCUUGGAAAGCUUAGCAAAAGUAACAUUCAUAAAGGUUUUGAAGUGCUGACAGAACUUCAAAAUUUAAUCAACCACGGUGACAUUGAUGUUUCAAAGGAAAACUUGAUUAUUGAUGCCAGCAAUCGUUUUUUUACAAUUAUCCCCUCAGUUCACCCACAUGUUAUUCGGGAUGAAGAUGAACUGAAAUCUAAGAUUAAAAUGCUGGAGACUCUUCAAGACAUUGAAAUAGCAUCUAAUCUUAUUAGCUUUGAGAAUAUAGAUGAGGAUCCCUUGGAUGCCAAUUACAAGAAACUUCGUUGCAAUAUAUCUCCAUUACCUCAUGACAGCUUAGACUAUCAACUUGUUAAGAAAUACCUUGAGAAGACCCAUGCGCCAACACACAAGGAGUGGGCACUUGAGCUGGAAGAUGUAUUUGCAGUUGACAGAGAAGGAGAAGAUAAUGCAUAUGCCAAAUAUAAAAAUCUUCAGAACCGAAUGCUGCUUUGGCAUGGCUCUCGAGUGACAAAUUUUGUUGGUAUCCUUAGUCAAGGACUUCGUAUAGCCCCUCCAGAAGCUCCAGUAACUGGAUAUAUGUUUGGAAAAGGUGUCUACUUUGCAGAUCUAGUUAGCAAGAGUGCUCAGUAUUGUUUCACACAAAAGAAAAAUCCAGUGGGGUUGAUGCUUUUGAGUGAAGUUGCGUUAGGAGAAGUAUAUGAGCUAAAAAAUGCAGAGUACAUAGAGAAGCUUCCCAAAGGGAAACAUUCAACAAAAGGUGUUGGUAGGACGAAGCCUUCAGAGAAAGAAUUUGUGCAUUGGAGGGAUGGCGUGGCUGUACCUUGUGGUAGGCCUGUACCAUCAGGUGUCAAGAAAUCUGAAUUGCUGUAUAACGAAUAUAUCGUCUAUGAUACAGCUCAGGUGAGACUGCAGUUUUUGUUGAAGGUGCGUUUCAACCACAAGUGAUGAUGGCAUUUUGAAAGAAGUGUCUUGAUUCUUCAGAUAUUAUCGUAUUUGUAAAAAAUACCUUAUUUACUUUAGCACAAUCUGCAACGGGGAGGUUCUUAUCUUGUUCUGUAACAAUGUCAAUUUCAAGUCUUUAAUUCCUUGUGGUUGAAGUGCCGCCUUAGAUAAAUAUGCUAUGUUACUUUCUCAGUUUUGUUGCUAUUUUGUUCAUACCGGCCAUUUGUUGGAAUAUAGAACCAAUUACGUCAAUAUCACAGGAGUACGUUUAGUUCAAUAUUACAAAGUUAUUCUUAGGAAAUAACUUUUUUUUGAUAUCAUCCUCAUAACAAGAAGAAUGAGGCCAACGUCUAUGUUGACAACUCUUGUUUAAUUUAAUUUUGGAAUAGUUACUCUUCUGAAUCAGGCA